AUGGUCACUGAAUUAUCCUCUAAGCCCACAGGCUUCACUUUCCCAGGGCUCGCAUCCCCGGGUGAUCAAGUUGAAACUCAGCUAAACCAGCAGCUCUGGUCCCUCAUCCCCAACAAUGACGUGCAAAGGCUCAUUUCUCAUGUUAUCCAGACUUUGAAAAUAGACUGCUCGGACACCCACGUGCAGCUGGCCUGUGCCAACCUCAUCUCUAGAACAGGCCUCCUGAUGAAGCUUCUCAGCAAGCAGCAAGAAGUAAAUGUGUCCAAAGCGGAAUGGGAUAUGGACCAGUGGAAAGCUGACAACUCUAUCAGUGAGAGCACAGAAGCCCAGAGUGAGCAGAAAGAGCAGGAGUCAAACUGUACCCUCUACAUCUCAGGUGGCAUAUGGCCUUUGGCAUUUUUAGAAUUUCUAAAUCUUGGUUGCAAUUUACUCACAGAACUGAGCUUUGGAACGUUUCAGGCCUGGCAUGGAAUGCAGUUUUUACACAAGUUAAUUCUCAAUCGUAAUCCUUUGCCAACAGUUGAAGAUUCUGGUCUUUUUAAAGUGCCAGCAUUAAACUCUUUAGACAUGGGAACAGCACAAGUGUCACUUACCGCAAUGGAAAGCAUCCUCAUGAUGACCCUUGAAUUGGAAACACUGAUCUUACCCAGCCGUAGGGCCUGCUGCCUCUGCCAAUUUAAAAAUACUAUUGAGGUUGUCUGUGAGACAGUCAAGCUGCGUUGUGACAGUGAACGCCUGAGGGACGUCACACGUUGUGAUGAAGAAACAUCUAUAGAGAAUGCAGGAGGAUCGUUGAUGAAGGUGUUACAAGCCCAGAAGAAGAACAACAGCACCGAGCUGACUAUUGAGUCAGACAGGAUGUCCUCACCUAACAGUGCUGUCAGCUUGUCAGGCUUCAUGAAUGAGCAGCUGGACUUUAAUAAUAAAAGUGAUAUUAUCAGUACACUAAAUUACAUACUGCCUUAUAUCUCAGAGGGAAAUCUAGGAGAUGUGGAAUCAACAUUAUUACCAUUCAUUCAACUUCUUUUUUCAAAUACACAAGAUGGACAUAUGCCGCUGGGCCUUUUGAAAAACAAUACAAGGAGCCCUUCUGUUAAACCUGUACCCAACAAUUCAACUAAAAAAAACAAAUUGAGGGAACUCCAUUCUGUGGAAAAUUUGUUAGAUGCAGAAACUCAAGAAAAAAUUGAUGAGGUUAAAAAGGAAGAAAAACCUGCCACGUGUACGCGUUGCAACCUUUUAAGUGCCAUGUUUACACGCUACAUCUUUCAAAAGAAAUUAGAAACUGCCCAACCAAGACAGACAGACAGCCUAGCAAAGAUUGAGAGUACAGAGGAAAAGCUGGUGAGAGUGAACAAGGUCCUAAGGGGCAUACAGAAAAUGCACCUCAAAGCAGUGGGAGAUGAGAGCGUCAGGAGGAAACAGAAUGCCCAGCCAUCUGUGGCGAACACUGCCAAAGAAUGAAAGCUCAGGAGGCCAUCCCCAAGAAAGCUGAAACAGCUCCUCAUGGUGCAGAGGCCCAGGAAGCUGGUGGGAAAGUCCUCCGAUGCAGAGUCUUCAUUCAUAAAGGAACACAAGGCCGCAGGCUCCUCUCCCCUCAAACCGUACUUCAAGGGCAGGCCUUGUGCCUCCAUCCCGCCAAAAUCCCCAUCUGAGGUUAAAAGCAAAUCAAAAGACUUAUCCAACGCUAUUCAUGUUUUCGAAGAUGCAAAGGCAAGAGUUAGAAAUAUUAAGGACUUCGAAUUAAUCUCACAUUCUGGAAAAAAAUACAUCUUCCAUAAAAUUAGGUCUCAUCGGGUCCACAGAAAACCCAAAAAAAAAGGGAGUCGAAAGUUCAGAAAGAAAAGUUCACUUGAUAGAGUGAUGCUUGCAAGCCCUCCGUUCUCUGUCGUGAGGAGUCUCAUAAAUUCCCCUCCACGAGAGGCUGUUUCAUCUUCAGGAGAAGUGACUUCUCAGGAAAAUCCUUUUCCAGAAUUAUUUUCUCUUUCAGACCCUUCUGCAGAAAACACUACUUCAGAAAACAAUACUGCACAAAAUGUUUCUGAAGCAAUUAUUUCUACAGGAAACGCUACUCUGCCAGGAGGAACCGGCCCUGGAAACACUAGCCAUAGGAACGUCUCCACUGCACAUUCUACUGUCGCUGCAGACAACAGUAUGCCAGCUGUUCAACACAGCAACAAAACACAAUGGGAGCACCACAACAUGGUCACUGAAUUAUCCUCUAAGCCCACAGGCUUCACUUUCCCAGGGCUCGCAUCCCCGGGUGAUCAAGUUGAAACUCAGCUAAACCAGCAGCUCUGGUCCCUCAUCCCCAACAAUGACGUGCAAAGGCUCAUUUCUCAUGUUAUCCAGACUUUGAAAAUAGACUGCUCGGACACCCACGUGCAGCUGGCCUGUGCCAACCUCAUCUCUAGAACAGGCCUCCUGAUGAAGCUUCUCAGCAAGCAGCAAGAAGUAAAUGUAUCCAAAGCGGAAUGGGAUAUGGACCAGUGGAAAGCUGACAACUCUAUCAGUGAGAGCACAGAAGCCCAGAGUGAGCAGAAAGAGCAGGAGUCAAGUGAGCUCACAAAAGAAGUUCCAGGUUAUGACUAUAACAACAAACUCAUCUUGGCAGUAUCUGUACCUGUAGUAGUGACGAUUUGUGUUAGAAUUCUCUGUCUCAUUGAGAUUUCUUCUCCUAGAAUUGCAAAAGAGGAAGAUAGAAAAAGAAGCAGAAGGAGGGCUUUUUCGGGAGAAGGCGGCCACUUUGGCUUAGGGGUAUGUAUAGGCCUCUCAGCGCCACACGCAAGGAACACAUGACCCAAAAGCUACACGACAGGGAGUCUUCUGCUGAGGAUGAGAUAUUUCUGCAUCCCAGCAGAGGCCCAGGCUCAGCAUGCAGAGCCCACUGUGGAGGUAGAACCACCUCCACUUCCGCAGGAGGCUCCAUCUCAGCCUUCAGAGGCCCCUGAGGAACUAGAAACUUCAAGUCCUCAGGAGGCCCUCGCCCGGCCUUUGGAGACACUUAAGGAGGUCACUAAAGAGGUUGAACCUUCUCCAGUCCAGCAGAAGACCCCACCUCAGCCUCCAGAGCUCCUUAAGGAAGUUGUAGCUCAGUCUCCAUUGUAUCCCGAGGUGACAGUUCCAGCACAGAGCAGGAUCAUGCUGAGCAUCCAACAUCCCCCAGGAUCAAGAGCAGUGGUUCUCAACCAGGGUGAGUUUGCACACAGAAAUCUUGGUUGCAAUUUACUCACAGAACUGAGCUUUGGAACGUUUCAGGCCUGGCAUGGAAUGCAGUUUUUACACAAGUUAAUUCUCAAUCGUAAUCCUUUGCCAACAGUUGAAGAUUCUGGUCUUUUUAAAGUGCCAGCAUUAAACUCUUUAGACAUGGGAACAGCACAAGUGUCACUUACCGCAAUGGAAAGCAUCCUCAUGAUGACCCUUGAAUUGGAAACACUGAUCUUACCCAGCCGUAGGGCCUGCUGCCUCUGCCAAUUUAAAAAUACUAUUGAGGUUGUCUGUGAGACAGUCAAGCUGCGUUGUGACAGUGAACGCCUGAGGGACGUCACACGUUGUGAUGAAGAAACAUCUAUAGAGAAUGCAGGAGGAUCGUUGAUGAAGGUGUUACAAGCCCAGAAGGAGAACAACAGCACCGAGCUGACUAUUGAGUCAGACAGGAUGUCCUCACCUAACAGUGCUGUCAGCUUGUCAGGCUUCAUGAAUGAGCAGCUGGACUUUAAUAAUAAAAGUGAUAUUAUCAGUACACUAAAUUACAUACUGCCUUAUAUCUCAGAGGGAAAUCUAGGAGAUGUGGAAUCAACAUUAUUACCAUUCAUUCAACUUCUUUUUUCAAAUACACAAGAUGGACAUAUGCCGCUGGGCCUUUUGAAAAACAAUACAAGGAGCCCUUCUGUUAAACCUGUACCCAACAAUUCAACUAAAAAAAACAAAUUGAGGGAACUCCAUUUUGUGGAAAAUUUGUUAGAUGCAGAAACUCAAGAAAAAAUUGAUGAGGUUAAAAAGGAAGAAAAACCUGCCACGUGUACGCGUUGCAACCUUUUAAGUGCCAUGUUUACACGCUACAUCUUUCAAAAGAAAUUAGAAACUGCCCAACCACAGAAAGACAGCCUAGCAAAGAUUGAGAGUACAGAGGAAAAGCUGGUGAGAGUGAACAAGGUCCUAAGGGGCAUACAGAAAAUGCACCUCAAAGCAGUGGGAGAUGAGAGCGUCAGGAGGAAACAGAAUGCCCAGCCAUCUGUGGCGAACACUGCCAAAGAAUGAAAGCUCAGGAGGCCAUCCCCAAGAAAGCUGAAACAGCUCCUCAUGGUGCAGAGGCCCAGGAAGCUGGUGGGAAAGUCCUCCGAUGCAGAGUCUUCAUUCAUAAAGGAACACAAGGCCGCAGGCUCCUCUCCCCUCAAACCGUACUUCAAGGGCAGGCCUUGUGCCUCCAUCCCGCCAAAAUCCCCAUCUGAGGUUAAAAGCAAAUCAAAAGACUUAUCCAACGCUAUUCAUGUUUUCGAAGAUGCAAAGGCAAGGGUUAGAAAUAUUAAGGACUUCGAGUUAAUCUCACAUUCUGGAAAAAAAUACAUCUUCCAUAAAAUUAGGUCUCAUCGGGUCCACAGAAAACCCAAAAAAAAAGGGAGUUGAAAGUUCAGAAAGAAAAGUUCACUUGAUAGAGUGAUGCUUGCAAGCCCUCCGUUCUCUGUCGUGAGGAGUCUCAUAAAUUCCCCUCCACGAGAGGCUGUUUCAUCUUCAGGAGAAGUGACUUCUCAGGAAAAUCCUUUUCCAGAAUUAUUUUCUCUUUCAGACCCUUCUGCAGAAAACACUACUUCAGAAAACAAUACUGCACAAAAUGUUUCUGAAGCAAUUAUUUCUACAGGAAACGCUACUCUGCCAGGAGGAACCAGCCCUGGAAACACUAGCCAUAGGAACGUCUCCACUGCACAUUCUACUGUUGCUGCAGACAACAGUAUGCCAGCUGUUCAACACAGCAACAAAACACAAUGGGAGCACCACAACAUGGUCACUGAAUUAUCCUCUAAGCCCACAGGCUUCACUUUCCCAGGGCUCGCAUCCCCGGGUGAUCAAGUUGAAACUCAGCUAAACGAGCAGCUCUGGUCCCUCAUCCCCAACAAUGACGUGCAAAGGCUCAUUUCUCAUGUUAUCCAGACUUUGAAAAUAGACUGCUCGGACACCCACGUGCAGCUGGCCUGUGCCAACCUCAUCUCUAGAACAGGCCUCCUGAUGAAGCUUCUCAGCAAGCAGCAAGAAGUAAAUGUGUCCAAAGCGGAAUGGGAUAUGGACCAGUGGAAAGCUGACAACUCUAUCAGUGAGAGCACAGAAGCCCAGAGUGAGCAGAAAGAGCAGGAGUCAAGUGAGCUCACAAAAGGAGUUCCAGGUUAUGACUAUAACAACAAACUCAUCUUGGCAGUAUCUGUACCUGUAGUAGUGACGAUUUGUGUUAGAAUUCUCUGUCUCAUUGAGAUUUCUUCUCCUAGAAUUUCAAAAGAGGAAGAUAGAAAAAGAAGCAGAAGGAGGGCUUUUUCGGGAGAAGGCGGCCACUUUGGCUUAGGGGUAUGUAUAGGCCUCUCAGCGCCACACGCAAGGAACACAUGACCCAAAAGCUACACGACAGGGAGUCUUCUGCUGAGGAUGAGAUAUUUCUGCAUCCCAGCAGAGGCCCAGGCUCAGCAUGCAGAGCCCACUGAGGAGGUAGAACCACCUCCACUUCCGCAGGAGGCUCCAUCUCAGCCUUCAGAGGCCCCUGAGGAACUAGAAACUUCAAGUCCUCAGGAGGCCCUCGCCCGGCCUUUGGAGACACUUAAGGAGGUCACUAAAGAGGUUGAACCUUCUCCAGUCCAGCAGAAGACCCCACCUCAGCCUCCAGAGCUCCUUAAGGAAGUUGUAGCUCAGUCUCCAUUGUAUCCCGAGGUGACAGUUCCAGCACAGAGCAGGAUCAUGCUGAGCAUCCAACAUCCCCCAGGAUCAAGAGCAGUGGUUCUCAACCAGGGUGAGUUUGCACACAGAAAUCUUGGUUGCAAUUUACUCACAGAACUGAGCUUUGGAACGUUUCGGGCCUGGCAUGGAAUGCAGUUUUUACACAAGUUAAUUCUCAAUCGUAAUCCUUUGCCAACAGUUGAAGAUUCUGGUCUUUUUAAAGUGCCAGCAUUAAACUCUUUAGACAUGGGAACAGCACAAGUGUCACUUACCGCAAUGGAAAGCAUCCUCAUGAUGACCCUUGAAUUGGAAACACUGAUCUUACCCAGCCGUAGGGCCUGCUGCCUCUGCCAAUUUAAAAAUACUAUUGAGGUUGUCUGUGAGACAGUCAAGCUGCGUUGUGACAGUGAACGCCUGAGGGACGUCACACGUUGUGAUGAAGAAACAUCUAUAGAGAAUGCAGGAGGAUCGUUGAUGAAGGUGUUACAAGCCCAGAAGGAGAACAACAGCACCGAGCUGACUAUUGAGUCAGACAGGAUGUCCUCACCUAACAGUGCUGUCAGCUUGUCAGGCUUCAUGAAUGAGCAGCUGGACUUUAAUAAUAAAAGUGAUAUUAUCAGUACACUAAAUUACAUACUGCCUUAUAUCUCAGAGGGAAAUCUAGGAGAUGUGGAAUCAACAUUAUUACCAUUCAUUCAACUUCUUUUUUCAAAUACACAAGAUGGACAUAUGCCGCUGGGCCUUUUGAAAAACAAUACAAGGAGCCCUUCUGUUAAACCUGUACCCAACAAUUCAACUAAAAAAAACAAAUUGAGGGAACUCCAUUUUGUGGAAAAUUUGUUAGAUGCAGAAACUCAAGAAAAAAUUGAUGAGGUUAAAAAGGAAGAAAAACCUGCCACGUGUACGCGUUGCAACCUUUUAAGUGCCAUGUUUACACGCUACAUCUUUCAAAAGAAAUUAGAAACUGCCCAACCACAGAAAGACAGCCUAGCAAAGAUUGAGAGUACAGAGGAAAAGCUGGUGAGAGUGAACAAGGUCCUAAGGGGCAUACAGAAAAUGCACCUCAAAGCAGUGGGAGAUGAGAGCGUCAGGAGGAAACAGAAUGCCCAGCCAUCUGUGGCGAACACUGCCAAAGAAUGAAAGCUCAGGAGGCCAUCCCCAAGAAAGCUGAAACAGCUCCUCAUGGUGCAGAGGCCCAGGAAGCUGGUGGGAAAGUCCUCCGAUGCAGAGUCUUCAUUCAUAAAGGAACACAAGGCCGCAGGCUCCUCUCCCCUCAAACCGUACUUCAAGGGCAGGCCUUGUGCCUCCAUCCCGCCAAAAUCCCCAUCUGAGGUUAAAAGCAAAUCAAAAGACUUAUCCAACGCUAUUCAUGUUUUCGAAGAUGCAAAGGCAAGGGUUAGAAAUAUUAAGGACUUCGAGUUAAUCUCACAUUCUGGAAAAAAAUACAUCUUCCAUAAAAUUAGGUCUCAUCGGGUCCACAGAAAACCCAAAAAAAAAGGGAGUUGAAAGUUCAGAAAGAAAAGUUCACUUGAUAGAGUGAUGCUUGCAAGCCCUCCGUUCUCUGUCGUGAGGAGUCUCAUAAAUUCCCCUCCACGAGAGGCUGUUUCAUCUUCAGGAGAAGUGACUUCUCAGGAAAAUCCUUUUCCAGAAUUAUUUUCUCUUUCAGACCCUUCUGCAGAAAACACUACUUCAGAAAACAAUACUGCACAAAAUGUUUCUGAAGCAAUUAUUUCUACAGGAAACGCUACUCUGCCAGGAGGAACCAGCCCUGGAAACACUAGCCAUAGGAACGUCUCCACUGCACAUUCUACUGUUGCUGCAGACAACAGUAUGCCAGCUGUUCAACACAGCAACAAAACACAAUGGGAGCACCACAACAUGGUCACUGAAUUAUCCUCUAAGCCCACAGGCUUCACUUUCCCAGGGCUCGCAUCCCCGGGUGAUCAAGUUGAAACUCAGCUAAACGAGCAGCUCUGGUCCCUCAUCCCCAACAAUGACGUGCAAAGGCUCAUUUCUCAUGUUAUCCAGACUUUGAAAAUAGACUGCUCGGACACCCACGUGCAGCUGGCCUGUGCCAACCUCAUCUCUAGAACAGGCCUCCUGAUGAAGCUUCUCAGCAAGCAGCAAGAAGUAAAUGUGUCCAAAGCGGAAUGGGAUAUGGACCAGUGGAAAGCUGACAACUCUAUCAGUGAGAGCACAGAAGCCCAGAGUGAGCAGAAAGAGCAGGAGUCAAGUGAGCUCACAAAAGGAGUUCCAGGUUAUGACUAUAACAACAAACUCAUCUUGGCAGUAUCUGUACCUGUAGUAGUGACGAUUUGUGUUAGAAUUCUCUGUCUCAUUGAGAUUUCUUCUCCUAGAAUUUCAAAAGAGGAAGAUAGAAAAAGAAGCAGAAGGAGGGCUUUUUCGGGAGAAGGCGGCCACUUUGGCUUAGGGGUAUGUAUAGGCCUCUCAGCGCCACACGCAAGGAACACAUGACCCAAAAGCUACACGACAGGGAGUCUUCUGCUGAGGAUGAGAUAUUUCUGCAUCCCAGCAGAGGCCCAGGCUCAGCAUGCAGAGCCCACUGAGGAGGUAGAACCACCUCCACUUCCGCAGGAGGCUCCAUCUCAGCCUUCAGAGGCCCCUGAGGAACUAGAAACUUCAAGUCCUCAGGAGGCCCUCGCCCGGCCUUUGGAGACACUUAAGGAGGUCACUAAAGAGGUUGAACCUUCUCCAGUCCAGCAGAAGACCCCACCUCAGCCUCCAGAGCUCCUUAAGGAAGUUGUAGCUCAGUCUCCAUUGUAUCCCGAGGUGACAGUUCCAGCACAGAGCAGGAUCAUGCUGAGCAUCCAACAUCCCCCAGGAUCAAGAGCAGUGGUUCUCAACCAGGGUGAGUUUGCACACAGAAAUCUUGGUUGCAAUUUACUCACAGAACUGAGCUUUGGAACGUUUCGGGCCUGGCAUGGAAUGCAGUUUUUACACAAGUUAAUUCUCAAUCGUAAUCCUUUGCCAACAGUUGAAGAUUCUGGUCUUUUUAAAGUGCCAGCAUUAAACUCUUUAGACAUGGGAACAGCACAAGUGUCACUUACCACAAUGGAAAGCAUCCUCAUGAUGACCCUUGAAUUGGAAACACUGAUCUUACCCAGCCGUAGGGCCUGCUGCCUCUGCCAAUUUAAAAAUACUAUUGAGGUUGUCUGUGAGACAGUCAAGCUGCGUUGUGACAGUGAACGCCUGAGGGACGUCACACGUUGUGAUGAAGAAACAUCUAUAGAGAAUGCAGGAGGAUCGUUGAUGAAGGUGUUACAAGCCCAGAAGAAGAACAACAGCACCGAGCUGACUAUUGAGUCAGACAGGAUGUCCUCACCUAACAGUGCUGUCAGCUUGUCAGGCUUCAUGAAUGAGCAGCUGGACUUUAAUAAUAAAAGUGAUAUUAUCAGUACACUAAAUUACAUACUGCCUUAUAUCUCAGAGGGAAAUCUAGGAGAUGUGGAAUCAACAUUAUUACCAUUCAUUCAACUUCUUUUUUCAAAUACACAAGAUGGACAUAUGCCGCUGGGCCUUUUGAAAAACAAUACAAGGAGCCCUUCUGUUAAACCUGUACCCAACAAUUCAACUAAAAAAAACAAAUUGAGGGAACUCCAUUUUGUGGAAAAUUUGUUAGAUGCAGAAACUCAAGAAAAAAUUGAUGAGGUUAAAAAGGAAGAAAAACCUGCCACGUGUACGCGUUGCAACCUUUUAAGUGCCAUGUUUACACGCUACAUCUUUCAAAAGAAAUUAGAAACUGCCCAACCACAGAAAGACAGCCUAGCAAAGAUUGAGAGUACAGAGGAAAAGCUGGUGAGAGUGAACAAGGUCCUAAGGGGCAUACAGAAAAUGCACCUCAAAGCAGUGGGAGAUGAGAGCGUCAGGAGGAAACAGAAUGCCCAGCCAUCUGUGGCGAACACUGCCAAAGAAUGAAAGCUCAGGAGGCCAUCCCCAAGAAAGCUGAAACAGCUCCUCAUGGUGCAGAGGCCCAGGAAGCUGGUGGGAAAGUCCUCCGAUGCAGAGUCUUCAUUCAUAAAGGAACACAAGGCCGCAGGCUCCUCUCCCCUCAAACCGUACUUCAAGGGCAGGCCUUGUGCCUCCAUCCCGCCAAAAUCCCCAUCUGAGGUUAAAAGCAAAUCAAAAGACUUAUCCAACGCUAUUCAUGUUUUCGAAGAUGCAAAGGCAAGAGUUAGAAAUAUUAAGGACUUCGAGUUAAUCUCACAUUCUGGAAAAAAAUACAUCUUCCAUAAAAUUAGGUCUCAUCGGGUCCACAGAAAACCCAAAAAAAAAGGGAGUUGAAAGUUCAGAAAGAAAAGUUCACUUGAUAGAGUGAUGCUUGCAAGCCCUCCGUUCUCUGUCGUGAGGAGUCUCAUAAAUUCCCCUCCACGAGAGGCUGUUUCAUCUUCAGGAGAAGUGACUUCUCAGGAAAAUCCUUUUCCAGAAUUAUUUUCUCUUUCAGACCCUUCUGCAGAAAACACUACUUCAGAAAACAAUACUGCACAAAAUGUUUCUGAAGCAAUUAUUUCUACAGGAAACGCUACUCUGCCAGGAGGAACCAGCCCUGGAAACACUAGCCAUAGGAACGUCUCCACUGCACAUUCUACUGUUGCUGCAGACAACAGUAUGCCAGCUGUUCAACACAGCAACAAAACACAAUGGGAGCACCACAACAUGGUCACUGAAUUAUCCUCUAAGCCCACAGGCUUCACUUUCCCAGGGCUCGCAUCCCCGGGUGAUCAAGUUGAAACUCAGCUAAACGAGCAGCUCUGGUCCCUCAUCCCCAACAAUGACGUGCAAAGGCUCAUUUCUCAUGUUAUCCAGACUUUGAAAAUAGACUGCUCGGACACCCACGUGCAGCUGGCCUGUGCCAACCUCAUCUCUAGAACAGGCCUCCUGAUGAAGCUUCUCAGCAAGCAGCAAGAAGUAAAUGUGUCCAAAGCGGAAUGGGAUAUGGACCAGUGGAAAGCUGACAACUCUAUCAGUGAGAGCACAGAAGCCCAGAGUGAGCAGAAAGAGCAGGAGUCAAGUGAGCUCACAAAAGGAGUUCCAGGUUAUGACUAUAACAACAAACUCAUCUUGGCAGUAUCUGUACCUGUAGUAGUGACGAUUUGUGUUAGAAUUCUCUGUCUCAUUGAGAUUUCUUCUCCUAGAAUUUCAAAAGAGGAAGAUAGAAAAAGAAGCAGAAGGAGGGCUUUUUCGGGAGAAGGCGGCCACUUUGGCUUAGGGGUAUGUAUAGGCCUCUCAGCGCCACACGCAAGGAACACAUGACCCAAAAGCUACACGACAGGGAGUCUUCUGCUGAGGAUGAGAUAUUUCUGCAUCCCAGCAGAGGCCCAGGCUCAGCAUGCAGAGCCCACUGAGGAGGUAGAACCACCUCCACUUCCGCAGGAGGCUCCAUCUCAGCCUUCAGAGGCCCCUGAGGAACUAGAAACUUCAAGUCCUCAGGAGGCCCUCGCCCGGCCUUUGGAGACACUUAAGGAGGUCACUAAAGAGGUUGAACCUUCUCCAGUCCAGCAGAAGACCCCACCUCAGCCUCCAGAGCUCCUUAAGGAAGUUGUAGCUCAGUCUCCAUUGUAUCCCGAGGUGACAGUUCCAGCACAGAGCAGGAUCAUGCUGAGCAUCCAACAUCCCCCAGGAUCAAGAGCAGUGGUUCUCAACCAGGGUGAGUUUGCACACAGAAAUCUUGGUUGCAAUUUACUCACAGAACUGAGCUUUGGAACGUUUCGGGCCUGGCAUGGAAUGCAGUUUUUACACAAGUUAAUUCUCAAUCGUAAUCCUUUGCCAACAGUUGAAGAUUCUGGUCUUUUUAAAGUGCCAGCAUUAAACUCUUUAGACAUGGGAACAGCACAAGUGUCACUUACCGCAAUGGAAAGCAUCCUCAUGAUGACCCUUGAAUUGGAAACACUGAUCUUACCCAGCCGUAGGGCCUGCUGCCUCUGCCAAUUUAAAAAUACUAUUGAGGUUGUCUGUGAGACAGUCAAGCUGCGUUGUGACAGUGAACGCCUGAGGGACGUCACACGUUGUGAUGAAGAAACAUCUAUAGAGAAUGCAGGAGGAUCGUUGAUGAAGGUGUUACAAGCCCAGAAGAAGAACAACAGCACCGAGCUGACUAUUGAGUCAGACAGGAUGUCCUCACCUAACAGUGCUGUCAGCUUGUCAGGCUUCAUGAAUGAGCAGCUGGACUUUAAUAAUAAAAGUGAUAUUAUCAGUACACUAAAUUACAUACUGCCUUAUAUCUCAGAGGGAAAUCUAGGAGAUGUGGAAUCAACAUUAUUACCAUUCAUUCAACUUCUUUUUUCAAAUACACAAGAUGGACAUAUGCCGCUGGGCCUUUUGAAAAACAAUACAAGGAGCCCUUCUGUUAAACCUGUACCCAACAAUUCAACUAAAAAAAACAAAUUGAGGGAACUCCAUUUUGUGGAAAAUUUGUUAGAUGCAGAAACUCAAGAAAAAAUUGAUGAGGUUAAAAAGGAAGAAAAACCUGCCACGUGUACGCGUUGCAACCUUUUAAGUGCCAUGUUUACACGCUACAUCUUUCAAAAGAAAUUAGAAACUGCCCAACCACAGAAAGACAGCCUAGCAAAGAUUGAGAGUACAGAGGAAAAGCUGGUGAGAGUGAACAAGGUCCUAAGGGGCAUACAGAAAAUGCACCUCAAAGCAGUGGGAGAUGAGAGCGUCAGGAGGAAACAGAAUGCCCAGCCAUCUGUGGCGAACACUGCCAAAGAAUGAAAGCUCAGGAGGCCAUCCCCAAGAAAGCUGAAACAGCUCCUCAUGGUGCAGAGGCCCAGGAAGCUGGUGGGAAAGUCCUCCGAUGCAGAGUCUUCAUUCAUAAAGGAACACAAGGCCGCAGGCUCCUCUCCCCUCAAACCGUACUUCAAGGGCAGGCCUUGUGCCUCCAUCCCGCCAAAAUCCCCAUCUGAGGUUAAAAGCAAAUCAAAAGACUUAUCCAACGCUAUUCAUGUUUUCGAAGAUGCAAAGGCAAGAGUUAGAAAUAUUAAGGACUUCGAGUUAAUCUCACAUUCUGGAAAAAAAUACAUCUUCCAUAAAAUUAGGUCUCAUCGGGUCCACAGAAAACCCAAAAAAAAAGGGAGUUGAAAGUUCAGAAAGAAAAGUUCACUUGAUAGAGUGAUGCUUGCAAGCCCUCCGUUCUCUGUCGUGAGGAGUCUCAUAAAUUCCCCUCCACGAGAGGCUGUUUCAUCUUCAGGAGAAGUGACUUCUCAGGAAAAUCCUUUUCCAGAAUUAUUUUCUCUUUCAGACCCUUCUGCAGAAAACACUACUUCAGAAAACAAUACUGCACAAAAUGUUUCUGAAGCAAUUAUUUCUACAGGAAACGCUACUCUGCCAGGAGGAACCAGCCCUGGAAACACUAGCCAUAGGAACGUCUCCACUGCACAUUCUACUGUUGCUGCAGACAACAGUAUGCCAGCUGUUCAACACAGCAACAAAACACAAUGGGAGCACCACAACAUGGUCACUGAAUUAUCCUCUAAGCCCACAGGCUUCACUUUCCCAGGGCUCGCAUCCCCGGGUGAUCAAGUUGAAACUCAGCUAAACGAGCAGCUCUGGUCCCUCAUCCCCAACAAUGACGUGCAAAGGCUCAUUUCUCAUGUUAUCCAGACUUUGAAAAUAGACUGCUCGGACACCCACGUGCAGCUGGCCUGUGCCAACCUCAUCUCUAGAACAGGCCUCCUGAUGAAGCUUCUCAGCAAGCAGCAAGAAGUAAAUGUGUCCAAAGCGGAAUGGGAUAUGGACCAGUGGAAAGCUGACAACUCUAUCAGUGAGAGCACAGAAGCCCAGAGUGAGCAGAAAGAGCAGGAGCCAAGUGAGCUCACAAAAGGAGUUCCAGGUUAUGACUAUAACAACAAACUCAUCUUGGCAGUAUCUGUACCUGUAGUAGUGACGAUUUGUGUUAGAAUUCUCUGUCUCAUUGAGAUUUCUUCUCCUAGAAUUUCAAAAGAGGAAGAUAGAAAAAGAAGCAGAAGGAGGGCUUUUUCGGGAGAAGGCGGCCACUUUGGCUUAGGGGUAUGUAUAGGCCUCUCAGCGCCACACGCAAGGAACACAUGACCCAAAAGCUACACGACAGGGAGUCUUCUGCUGAGGAUGAGAUAUUUCUGCAUCCCAGCAGAGGCCCAGGCUCAGCAUGCAGAGCCCACUGAGGAGGUAGAACCACCUCCACUUCCGCAGGAGGCUCCAUCUCAGCCUUCAGAGGCCCCUGAGGAACUAGAAACUUCAAGUCCUCAGGAGGCCCUCGCCCGGCCUUUGGAGACACUUAAGGAGGUCACUAAAGAGGUUGAACCUUCUCCAGUCCAGCAGAAGACCCCACCUCAGCCUCCAGAGCUCCUUAAGGAAGUUGUAGCUCAGUCUCCAUUGUAUCCCGAGGUGACAGUUCCAGCACAGAGCAGGAUCAUGCUGAGCAUCCAACAUCCCCCAGGAUCAAGAGCAGUGGUUCUCAACCAGGGUGAGUUUGCACACAGAAAUCUUGGUUGCAAUUUACUCACAGAACUGAGCUUUGGAACGUUUCGGGCCUGGCAUGGAAUGCAGUUUUUACACAAGUUAAUUCUCAAUCGUAAUCCUUUGCCAACAGUUGAAGAUUCUGGUCUUUUUAAAGUGCCAGCAUUAAACUCUUUAGACAUGGGAACAGCACAAGUGUCACUUACCGCAAUGGAAAGCAUCCUCAUGAUGACCCUUGAAUUGGAAACACUGAUCUUACCCAGCCGUAGGGCCUGCUGCCUCUGCCAAUUUAAAAAUACUAUUGAGGUUGUCUGUGAGACAGUCAAGCUGCGUUGUGACAGUGAACGCCUGAGGGACGUCACACGUUGUGAUGAAGAAACAUCUAUAGAGAAUGCAGGAGGAUCGUUGAUGAAGGUGUUACAAGCCCAGAAGGAGAACAACAGCACCGAGCUGACUAUUGAGUCAGAGAGGACGUCCUCACCUAACAGUGCUGUCAGCUUGUCAGGCUUCAUGAAUGAGCAGCUGGACUUUAAUAAUAAAAGUGAUAUUAUCAGUACACUAAAUUACAUACUGCCUUAUAUCUCAGAGGGAAAUCUAGGAGAUGUGGAAUCAACAUUAUUACCAUUCAUUCAACUUCUUUUUUCAAAUACACAAGAUGGACAUAUGCCGCUGGGCCUUUUGAAAAACAAUACAAGGAGCCCUUCUGUUAAACCUGUACCCAACAAUUCAACUAAAAAAAACAAAUUGAGGGAACUCCAUUCUGUGGAAAAUUUGUUAGAUGCAGAAACUCAAGAAAAAAUUGAUGAGGUUAAAAAGGAAGAAAAACCUGCCACGUGUACGCGUUCCAACCUUUUAAGUGCCAUGUUUACACGCUACAUCUUUCAAAAGAAAUUAGAAACUGCCCAACCACAGAAAGACAGCCUAGCAAAGAUUGAGAGUACAGAGGAAAAGCUGGUGAGAGUGAACAAGGUCCUAAGGGGCAUACAGAAAAUGCACCUCAAAGCAGUGGGAGAUGAGAGCGUCAGGAGGAAACAGAAUGCCCAGCCAUCUGUGGCGAACACUGCCAAAGAAUGAAAGCUCAGGAGGCCAUCCCCAAGAAAGCUGAAACAGCUCCUCAUGGUGCAGAGGCCCAGGAAGCUGGUGGGAAAGUCCUCCGAUGCAGAGUCUUCAUUCAUAAAGGAACACAAGGCCGCAGGCUCCUCUCCCCUCAAACCGUACUUCAAGGGCAGGCCUUGUGCCUCCAUCCCGCCAAAAUCCCCAUCUGAGGUUAAAAGCAAAUCAAAAGACUUAUCCAACGCUAUUCAUGUUUUCGAAGAUGCAAAGGCAAGAGUUAGAAAUAUUAAGGACUUCGAAUUAAUCUCACAUUCUGGAAAAAAAUACAUCUUCCAUAAAAUUAGGUCUCAUCGGGUCCACAGAAAACCCAAAAAAAAAGGGAGUCGGAAGUUCAGAAAGAAAAGUUCACUUGAUAGAGUGAUGCUUGCAAGCCCUCCGUUCUCUGUCGUGAGGAGUCUCAUAAAUUCCCCUCCACGAGAGGCUGUUUCAUCUUCAGGAGAAGUGACUUCUCAGGAAAAUCCUUUUCCAGAAUUAUUUUCUCUUUCAGACCCUUCUUCAGAAAACACUACUUCAGAAAACAAUACUGCACAAAAUGUUUCUGAAGCAAUUAGUUCUACAGGAAACGCUACUCUGCCAGGAGGAACCGGCCCUGGAAACACUAGCCAUAGGAACGUCUCCACUGCACAUUCUACUGUCGCUGCAGACAACAGUAUGCCAGCUGUUCAACACAGCAACAAAACACAAUGGGAGCACCACAACAUGGUCACUGAAUUAUCCUCUAAGCCCACAGGCUUCACUUUCCCAGGGCUCGCAUCCCCGGGUGAUCAAGUUGAAACUCAGCUAAACCAGCAGCUCUGGUCCCUCAUCCCCAACAAUGACGUGCAAAGGCUCAUUUCUCAUGUUAUCCAGACUUUGAAAAUAGACUGCUCGGACACCCACGUGCAGCUGGCCUGUGCCAACCUCAUCUCUAGAACAGGCCUCCUGAUGAAGCUUCUCAGCAAGCAGCAAGAAGUAAAUGUGUCCAAAGCGGAAUGGGAUAUGGACCAGUGGAAAGCUGACAACUCUAUCAGUGAGAGCACAGAAGCCCAGAGUGAGCAGAAAGAGCAGGAGUCAAGUGAGCUCACAAAAGAAGUUCCAGGUUAUGACUAUAACAACAAACUCAUCUUGGCAGUAUCUGUACCUGUAGUAGUGACGAUUUGUGUUAGAAUUCUCUGUCUCAUUGAGAUUUCUUCUCCUAGAAUUGCAAAAGAGGAAGAUAGAAAAAGAAGCAGAAGGAGGGCUUUUUCGGGAGAAGGCGGCCACUUUGGCUUAGGGGUAUGUAUAGGCCUCUCAGCGCCACACGCAAGGAACACAUGACCCAAAAGCUACACGACAGGGAGUCUUCUGCUGAGGAUGAGAUAUUUCUGCAUCCCAGCAGAGGCCCAGGCUCAGCAUGCAGAGCCCACUGUGGAGGUAGAACCACCUCCACUUCCGCAGGAGGCUCCAUCUCAGCCUUCAGAGGCCCCUGAGGAACUAGAAACUUCAAGUCCUCAGGAGGCCCUCGCCCGGCCUUUGGAGACACUUAAGGAGGUCACUAAAGAGGUUGAACCUUCUCCAGUCCAGCAGAAGACCCCACCUCAGCCUCCAGAGCUCCUUAAGGAAGUUGUAGCUCAGUCUCCAUUGUAUCCCGAGGUGACAGUUCCAGCACAGAGCAGGAUCAUGCUGAGCAUCCAACAUCCCCCAGGAUCAAGAGCAGUGGUUCUCAACCAGGGUGAGUUUGCACACAGAAAUCUUGGUUGCAAUUUACUCACAGAACUGAGCUUUGGAACGUUUCAGGCCUGGCAUGGAAUGCAGUUUUUACACAAGUUAAUUCUCAAUCGUAAUCCUUUGCCAACAGUUGAAGAUUCUUGUCUUUUUAAAGUGCCAGCAUUAAACUCUUUAGACAUGGGAACAGCACAAGUGUCACUUACCGCAAUGGAAAGCAUCCUCAUGAUGACCCUUGAAUUGGAAACACUGAUCUUACCCAGCCGUAGGGCCUGCUGCCUCUGCCAAUUUAAAAAUACUAUUGAGGUUGUCUGUGAGACAGUCAAGCUGCGUUGUGACAGUGAACGCCUGAGGGACGUCACACGUUGUGAUGAAGAAACAUCUAUAGAGAAUGCAGGAGGAUCGUUGAUGAAGGUGUUACAAGCCCAGAAGGAGAACAACAGCACCGAGCUGACUAUUGAGUCAGAGAGGACGUCCUCACCUAACAGUGCUGUCAGCUUGUCAGGCUUCAUGAAUGAGCAGCUGGACUUUAAUAAUAAAAGUGAUAUUAUCAGUACACUAAAUUACAUACUGCCUUAUAUCUCAGAGGGAAAUCUACGAGAUGUGGAAUCAACAUUAUUACCAUUCAUUCAACUUCUUUUUUCAAAUACACAAGAUGGACAUAUGCCGCUGGGCCUUUUGAAAAACAAUACAAGGAGCCCUUCUGUUAAACCUGUACCCAACAAUUCAACUAAAAAAAACAAAUUGAGGGAACUCCAUUCUGUGGAAAAUUUGUUAGAUGCAGAAACUCAAGAAAAAAUUGAUGAGGUUAAAAAGGAAGAAAAACCUGCCACGUGUACGCGUUCCAACCUUUUAAGUGCCAUGUUUACACGCUACAUCUUUCAAAAGAAAUUAGAAACUGCCCAACCACAGAAAGACAGCCUAGCAAAGAUUGAGAGUACAGAGGAAAAGCUGGUGAGAGUGAACAAGGUCCUAAGGGGCAUACAGAAAAUGCACCUCAAAGCAGUGGGAGAUGAGAGCGUCAGGAGGAAACAGAAUGCCCAGCCAUCUGUGGCGAACACUGCCAAAGAAUGAAAGCUCAGGAGGCCAUCCCCAAGAAAGCUGAAACAGCUCCUCAUGGUGCAGAGGCCCAGGAAGCUGGUGGGAAAGUCCUCCGAUGCAGAGUCUUCAUUCAUAAAGGAACACAAGGCCGCAGGCUCCUCUCCCCUCAAACCGUACUUCAAGGGCAGGCCUUGUGCCUCCAUCCCGCCAAAAUCCCCAUCUGAGGUUAAAAGCAAAUCAAAAGACUUAUCCAACGCUAUUCAUGUUUUCGAAGAUGCAAAGGCAAGAGUUAGAAAUAUUAAGGACUUCGAAUUAAUCUCACAUUCUGGAAAAAAAUACAUCUUCCAUAAAAUUAGGUCUCAUCGGGUCCACAGAAAACCCAAAAAAAAAGGGAGUCGGAAGUUCAGAAAGAAAAGUUCACUUGAUAGAGUGAUGCUUGCAAGCCCUCCGUUCUCUGUCGUGAGGAGUCUCAUAAAUUCCCCUCCACGAGAGGCUGUUUCAUCUUCAGGAGAAGUGACUUCUCAGGAAAAUCCUUUUCCAGAAUUAUUUUCUCUUUCAGACCCUUCUUCAGAAAACACUACUUCAGAAAACAAUACUGCACAAAAUGUUUCUGAAGCAAUUAGUUCUACAGGAAACGCUACUCUGCCAGGAGGAACCGGCCCUGGAAACACUAGCCAUAGGAACGUCUCCACUGCACAUUCUACUGUCGCUGCAGACAACAGUAUGCCAGCUGUUCAACACAGCAACAAAACACAAUGGGAGCACCACAACAUGGUCACUGAAUUAUCCUCUAAGCCCACAGGCUUCACUUUCCCAGGGCUCGCAUCCCCGGGUGAUCAAGUUGAAACUCAGCUAAACCAGCAGCUCUGGUCCCUCAUCCCCAACAAUGACGUGCAAAGGCUCAUUUCUCAUGUUAUCCAGACUUUGAAAAUAGACUGCUCGGACACCCACGUGCAGCUGGCCUGUGCCAACCUCAUCUCUAGAACAGGCCUCCUGAUGAAGCUUCUCAGCAAGCAGCAAGAAGUAAAUGUGUCCAAAGCGGAAUGGGAUAUGGACCAGUGGAAAGCUGACAACUCUAUCAGUGAGAGCACAGGAGCCCAGAGUGAGCAGAAAGAGCAGGAGUCAAGUGAGCUCACAAAAGAAGUUCCAGGUUAUGACUAUAACAACAAACUCAUCUUGGCAGUAUCUGUACCUGUAGUAGUGACGAUUUGUGUUAGAAUUCUCUGUCUCACUGAGAUUUCUUCUCCUAGAAUUGCAAAAGAGGAAGAUAGAAAAAGAAGCAGAAGGAGGGCUUUUUCGGGAGAAGGCGGCCACUUUGGCUUAGGGGUAUGUAUAGGCCUCUCAGCGCCACACGCAAGGAACACAUGACCCAAAAGCUACACGACAGGGAGUCUUCUGCUGAGGAUGAGAUAUUUCUGCAUCCCAGCAGAGGCCCAGGCUCAGCAUGCAGAGCCCACUGUGGAGGUAGAACCACCUCCACUUCCGCAGGAGGCUCCAUCUCAGCCUUCAGAGGCCCCUGAGGAACUAGAAACUUCAAGUCCUCAGGAGGCCCUCGCCCGGCCUUUGGAGACACUUAAGGAGGUCACUAAAGAGGUUGAACCUUCUCCAGUCCAGCAGAAGACCCCACCUCAGCCUCCAGAGCUCCUUAAGGAAGUUGUAGCUCAGUCUCCAUUGUAUCCCGAGGUGACAGUUCCAGCACAGAGCAGGAUCAUGCUGAGCAUCCAACAUCCCCCAGGAUCAAGAGCAGUGGUUCUCAACCAGGGUGAGUUUGCACACAGAAAUCUUGGUUGCAAUUUACUCACAGAACUGAGCUUUGGAACGUUUCAGGCCUGGCAUGGAAUGCAGUUUUUACACAAGUUAAUUCUCAAUCGUAAUCCUUUGCCAACAGUUGAAGAUUCUUGUCUUUUUAAAGUGCCAGCAUUAAACUCUUUAGACAUGGGAACAGCACAAGUGUCACUUACCGCAAUGGAAAGCAUCCUCAUGAUGACCCUUGAAUUGGAAACACUGAUCUUACCCAGCCGUAGGGCCUGCUGCCUCUGCCAAUUUAAAAAUACUAUUGAGGUUGUCUGUGAGACAGUCAAGCUGCGUUGUGACAGUGAACGCCUGAGGGACGUCACACGUUGUGAUGAAGAAACAUCUAUAGAGAAUGCAGGAGGAUCGUUGAUGAAGGUGUUACAAGCCCAGAAGGAGAACAACAGCACCGAGCUGACUAUUGAGUCAGAGAGGACGUCCUCACCUAACAGUGCUGUCAGCUUGUCAGGCUUCAUGAAUGAGCAGCUGGACUUUAAUAAUAAAAGUGAUAUUAUCAGUACACUAAAUUACAUACUGCCUUAUAUCUCAGAGGGAAAUCUAGGAGAUGUGGAAUCAACAUUAUUACCAUUCAUUCAACUUCUUUUUUCAAAUACACAAGAUGGACAUAUGCCGCUGGGCCUUUUGAAAAACAAUACAAGGAGCCCUUCUGUUAAACCUGUACCCAACAAUUCAACUAAAAAAAACAAAUUGAGGGAACUCCAUUCUGUGGAAAAUUUGUUAGAUGCAGAAACUCAAGAAAAAAUUGAUGAGGUUAAAAAGGAAGAAAAACCUGCCACGUGUACGCGUUCCAACCUUUUAAGUGCCAUGUUUACACGCUACAUCUUUCAAAAGAAAUUAGAAACUGCCCAACCACAGAAAGACAGCCUAGCAAAGAUUGAGAGUACAGAGGAAAAGCUGGUGAGAGUGAACAAGGUCCUCAAGGGGCCAAGGGGCAUACAGAAAAUGCACCUCAAAGCAGUGGGAGAUGAGAGCGUCAGGAGGAAACAGAAUGCCCAGCCAUCUGUGGCGAACACUGCCAAAGAAUGAAAGCUCAGGAGGCCAUCCCCAAGAAAGCUGAAACAGCUCCUCAUGGUGCAGAGGCCCAGGAAGCUGGUGGGAAAGUCCUCCGAUGCAGAGUCUUCAUUCAUAAAGGAACACAAGGCCGCAGGCUCCUCUCCCCUCAAACCGUACUUCAAGGGCAGGCCUUGUGCCUCCAUCCCGCCAAAAUCCCCAUCUGAGGUUAAAAGCAAAUCAAAAGACUUAUCCAACGCUAUUCAUGUUUUCGAAGAUGCAAAGGCAAGAGUUAGAAAUAUUAAGGACUUCGAAUUAAUCUCACAUUCUGGAAAAAAAUACAUCUUCCAUAAAAUUAGGUCUCAUCGGGUCCACAGAAAACCCAAAAAAAAAGGGAGUCGAAAGUUCAGAAAGAAAAGUUCACUUGAUAGAGUGAUGCUUGCAAGCCCUCCGUUCUCUGUCGUGAGGAGUCUCAUAAAUUCCCCUCCACGAGAGGCUGUUUCAUCUUCAGGAGAAGUGACUUCUCAGGAAAAUCCUUUUCCAGAAUUAUUUUCUCUUUCAGACCCUUCUGCAGAAAACACUACUUCAGAAAACAAUACUGCACAAAAUGUUUCUGAAGCAAUUAGUUCUACAGGAAACGCUACUCUGCCAGGAGGAACCGGCCCUGGAAACACUAGCCAUAGGAACGUCUCCACUGCACAUUCUACUGUCGCUGCAGACAACAGUAUGCCAGCUGUUCAACACAGCAACAAAACACAAUGGGAGCACCACAACAUGGUCACUGAAUUAUCCUCUAAGCCCACAGGCUUCACUUUCCCAGGGCUCGCAUCCCCGGGUGAUCAAGUUGAAACUCAGCUAAACCAGCAGCUCUGGUCCCUCAUCCCCAACAAUGACGUGCAAAGGCUCAUUUCUCAUGUUAUCCAGACUUUGAAAAUAGACUGCUCGGACACCCACGUGCAGCUGGCCUGUGCCAACCUCAUCUCUAGAACAGGCCUCCUGAUGAAGCUUCUCAGCAAGCAGCAAGAAGUAAAUGUGUCCAAAGCGGAAUGGGAUAUGGACCAGUGGAAAGCUGACAACUCUAUCAGUGAGAGCACAGAAGCCCAGAGUGAGCAGAAAGAGCAGGAGUCAAGUGAGCUCACAAAAGAAGUUCCAGGUUAUGACUAUAACAACAAACUCAUCUUGGCAGUAUCUGUACCUGUAGUAGUGACGAUUUGUGUUAGAAUUCUCUGUCUCAUUGAGAUUUCUUCUCCUAGAAUUUCAAAAGAGGAAGAUAGAAAAAGAAGCAGAAGGAGGGCUUUUUCGGGAGAAGGCGGCCACUUUGGCUUAGGGGUAUGUAUAGGCCUCUCAGCGCCACACGCAAGGAACACAUGACCCAAAAGCUACACGACAGGGAGUCUUCUGCUGAGGAUGAGAUAUUUCUGCAUCCCAGCAGAGGCCCAGGCUCAGCAUGCAGAGCCCACUGUGGAGGUAGAACCACCUCCACUUCCGCAGGAGGCUCCAUCUCAGCCUUCAGAGGCCCCUGAGGAACUAGAAACUUCAAGUCCUCAGGAGGCCCUCGCCCGGCCUUUGGAGACACUUAAGGAGGUCACUAAAGAGGUUGAACCUUCUCCAGUCCAGCAGAAGACCCCACCUCAGCCUCCAGAGCUCCUUAAGGAAGUUGUAGCUCAGUCUCCAUUGUAUCCCGAGGUGACAGUUCCAGCACAGAGCAGGAUCAUGCUGAGCAUCCAACAUCCCCCAGGAUCAAGAGCAGUGGUUCUCAACCAGGGUGAGUUUGCACACAGAAAUCUUGGUUGCAAUUUACUCACAGAACUGAGCUUUGGAACGUUUCAGGCCUGGCAUGGAAUGCAGUUUUUACACAAGUUAAUUCUCAAUCGUAAUCCUUUGCCAACAGUUGAAGAUUCUUGUCUUUUUAAAGUGCCAGCAUUAAACUCUUUAGACAUGGGAACAGCACAAGUGUCACUUACCGCAAUGGAAAGCAUCCUCAUGAUGACCCUUGAAUUGGAAACACUGAUCUUACCCAGCCGUAGGGCCUGCUGCCUCUGCCAAUUUAAAAAUACUAUUGAGGUUGUCUGUGAGACAGUCAAGCUGCGUUGUGACAGUGAACGCCUGAGGGACGUCACACGUUGUGAUGAAGAAACAUCUAUAGAGAAUGCAGGAGGAUCGUUGAUGAAGGUGUUACAAGCCCAGAAGGAGAACAACAGCACCGAGCUGACUAUUGAGUCAGAGAGGACGUCCUCACCUAACAGUGCUGUCAGCUUGUCAGGCUUCAUGAAUGAGCAGCUGGACUUUAAUAAUAAAAGUGAUAUUAUCAGUACACUAAAUUACAUACUGCCUUAUAUCUCAGAGGGAAAUCUAGGAGAUGUGGAAUCAACAUUAUUACCAUUCAUUCAACUUCUUUUUUCAAAUACACAAGAUGGACAUAUGCCGCUGGGCCUUUUGAAAAACAAUACAAGGAGCCCUUCUGUUAAACCUGUACCCAACAAUUCAACUAAAAAAAACAAAUUGAGGGAACUCCAUUCUGUGGAAAAUUUGUUAGAUGCAGAAACUCAAGAAAAAAUUGAUGAGGUUAAAAAGGAAGAAAAACCUGCCACGUGUACGCGUUGCAACCUUUUAAGUGCCAUGUUUACACGCUACAUCUUUCAAAAGAAAUUAGAAACUGCCCAACCACAGACAGACAGCCUAGCAAAGAUUGAGAGUACAGAGGAAAAGCUGGUGAGAGUGAACAAGGCCCUAAGGGGCAUACAGAAAAUGCACCUCAAAGCAGUGGGAGAUGAGAGCGUCAGGAGGAAACAGAAUGCCCAGCCAUCUGUGGCGAACACUGCCAAAGAAUGAAAGCUCAGGAGGCCAUCCCCAAGAAAGCUGAAACAGCUCCUCAUGGUGCAGAGGCCCAGGAAGCUGGUGGGAAAGUCCUCCGAUGCAGAGUCUUCAUUCAUAAAGGAACACAAGGCCGCAGGCUCCUCUCCCCUCAAACCGUACUUCAAGGGCAGGCCUUGUGCCUCCAUCCCGCCAAAAUCCCCAUCUGAGGUUAAAAGAAAAUCAAAAGACUUAUCCAACGCUAUUCAUGUUUUCGAAGAUGCAAAGGCAAGAGUUAGAAAUAUUAAGGACUUCGAAUUAAUCUCACAUUCUGGAAAAAAAAAAUACAUCUUCCAUAAAAUUAGGUCUCAUCGGGUCCACAGAAAACCCAAAAAAAAAGGGAGUCGAAAGUUCAGAAAGAAAAGUUCACUUGAUAGAGUGAUGCUUGCAAGCCCUCCGUUCUCUGUCGUGAGGAGUCUCAUAAAUUCCCCUCCACGAGAGGCUGUUUCAUCUUCAGGAGAAGUGACUUCUCAGGAAAAUCCUUUUCCAGAAUUAUUUUCUCUUUCAGACCCUUCUGCAGAAAACACUACUUCAGAAAACAAUACUGCACAAAAUGUUUCUGAAGCAAUUAUUUCUACAGGAAACGCUACUCUGCCAGGAGGAACCGGCCCUGGAAACACUAGCCAUAGGAACGUCUCCACUGCACAUUCUACUGUCGCUGCAGACAACAGUAUGCCAGCUGUUCAACACAGCAACAAAACACAAUGGGAGCACCACAACAUGGUCACUGAAUUAUCCUCUAAGCCCACAGGCUUCACUUUCCCAGGGCUCGCAUCCCCGGGUGAUCAAGUUGAAACUCAGCUAAACCAGCAGCUCUGGUCCCUCAUCCCCAACAAUGACGUGCAAAGGCUCAUUUCUCAUGUUAUCCAGACUUUGAAAAUAGACUGCUCGGACACCCACGUGCAGCUGGCCUGUGCCAACCUCAUCUCUAGAACAGGCCUCCUGAUGAAGCUUCUCAGCAAGCAGCAAGAAGUAAAUGUGUCCAAAGCGGAAUGGGAUAUGGACCAGUGGAAAGCUGACAACUCUAUCACUGAGAGCACAGAAGCCCAGAGUGAGCAGAAAGAGCAGGAGUCAAGUGAGCUCACAAAAGAAGUUCCAGGUUAUGACUAUAGCAACAAACUCAUCUUGGCAGUAUCUGUACCUGUAGUAGUGACGAUUUGUGUUAGAAUUCUCUGUCUCACUGAGAUUUCUUCUCCUAGAAUUGCAAAAGAGGAAGAUAGAAAAAGAAGCAGAAGGAGGGCUUUUUCGGGAGAAGGCGGCCACUUUGGCUUAGGGGUAUGUAUAGGCCUCUCAGCGCCACACGCAAGGAACACAUGACCCAAAAGCUACACGACAGGGAGUCUUCUGCUGAGGAUGAGAUAUUUCUGCAUCCCAGCAGAGGCCCAGGCUCAGCAUGCAGAGCCCACUGUGGAGGUAGAACCACCUCCACUUCCGCAGGAGGCUCCAUCUCAGCCUUCAGAGGCCCCUGAGGAACUAGAAACUUCAAGUCCUCAGGAGGCCCUCGCCCGGCCUUUGGAGACACUUAAGGAGGUCACUAAAGAGGUUGAACCUUCUCCAGUCCAGCAGAAGACCCCACCUCAGCCUCCAGAGCUCCUUAAGGAAGUUGUAGCUCAGUCUCCAUUGUAUCCCGAGGUGACAGUUCCAGCACAGAGCAGGAUCAUGCUGAGCAUCCAACAUCCCCCAGGAUCAAGAGCAGUGGUUCUCAACCAGGGUGAGUUUGCACACAGAAAUCUUGGUUGCAAUUUACUCACAGAACUGAGCUUUGGAACGUUUCAGGCCUGGCAUGGAAUGCAGUUUUUACACAAGUUAAUUCUCAAUCGUAAUCCUUUGCCAACAGUUGAAGAUUCUGGUCUUUUUAAAGUGCCAGCGUUAAACUCUUUAGACAUGGGAACAGCACAAGUGUCACUUACCGCAAUGGAAAGCAUCCUCAUGAUGACCCUUGAAUUGGAAACACUGAUCUUACCCAGCCAUAGGGCCUGCUGCCUCUGCCAAUUUAAAAAUACUAUUGAGGUUGUCUGUGAGACAGUCAAGCUGCGUUGUGACAGUGAACGCCUGAGGGACGUCACACGUUGUGAUGAAGAAACAUCUAUAGAGAAUGCAGGAGGAUCGUUGAUGAAGGUGUUACAAGCCCAGAAGACGAACAACAGCACCGAGCUGACUAUUGAGUCAGAGAGGAUGUCCUCACCUAACAGUGCUGUCAGCUUGUCAGGCUUCAUGAAUGAGCAGCUGGACUUUAAUAAUAAAAGUGAUAUUAUCAGUACACUAAAUUACAUACUGCCUUAUAUCUCAGAGGGAAAUCUAGGAGAUGUGGAAUCAACAUUAUUACCAUUCAUUCAACUUCUUUUUUCAAAUACACAAGAUGGACAUAUGCCGCUGGGCCGUUUGAAAAACAAUACAAGGAGCCCUUCUGUUAAACCUGUACCCAACAAUUCAACUAAAAAAAACAAAUUGAGGGAACUCCAUUCUGUGGAAAAUUUGUUAGAUGCAGAAACUCAAGAAAAAAUUGAUGAGGUUAAAAAGGAAGAAAAACCUGCCACGUGUACGCGUUCCAACCUUUUAAGUGCCAUGUUUACACGCUACAUCUUUCAAAAGAAAUUAGAAACUGCCCAACCACAGAAAGACAGCCUAGCAAAGAUUGAGAGUACAGAGGAAAAGCUGGUGAGAGUGAACAAGGUCCUAAGGGGCAUACAGAAAAUGCACCUCAAAGCAGUGGGAGAUGAGAGCGUCAGGAGGAAACAGAAUGCCCAGCCAUCUGUGGCGAACACUGCCAAAGAAUGAAAGCUCAGGAGGCCAUCCCCAAGAAAGCUGAAACAGCUCCUCAUGGUGCAGAGGCCCAGGAAGCUGGUGGGAAAGUCCUCCGAUGCAGAGUCUUCAUUCAUAAAGGAACACAAGGCCGCAGGCUCCUCUCCCCUCAAACCGUACUUCAAGGGCAGGCCUUGUGCCUCCAUCCCGCCAAAAUCCCCAUCUGAGGUUAAAAGCAAAUCAAAAGACUUAUCCAACGCUAUUCAUGUUUUCGAAGAUGCAAAGGCAAGAGUUAGAAAUAUUAAGGACUUCGAAUUAAUCUCACAUUCUGGAAAAAAAUACAUCUUCCAUAAAAUUAGGUCUCAUCGGGUCCACAGAAAACCCAAAAAAAAAGGGAGUCGAAAGUUCAGAAAGAAAAGUUCACUUGAUAGAGUGAUGCUUGCAAGCCCUCCGUUCUCUGUCGUGAGGAGUCUCAUAAAUUCCCCUCCACGAGAGGCUGUUUCAUCUUCAGGAGAAGUGACUUCUCAGGAAAAUCCUUUUCCAGAAUUAUUUUCUCUUUCAGACCCUUCUGCAGAAAACACUACUUCAGAAAACAAUACUGCACAAAAUGUUUCUGAAGCAAUUAGUUCUACAGGAAACGCUACUCUGCCAGGAGGAACCGGCCCUGGAAACACUAGCCAUAGGAACGUCUCCACUGCACAUUCUACUGUCGCUGCAGACAACAGUAUGCCAGCUGUUCAACACAGCAACAAAACACAAUGGGAGCACCACAACAUGGUCACUGAAUUAUCCUCUAAGCCCACAGGCUUCACUUUCCCAGGGCUCGCAUCCCCGGGUGAUCAAGUUGAAACUCAGCUAAACCAGCAGCUCUGGUCCCUCAUCCCCAACAAUGACGUGCAAAGGCUCAUUUCUCAUGUUAUCCAGACUUUGAAAAUAGACUGCUCGGACACCCACGUGCAGCUGGCCUGUGCCAACCUCAUCUCUAGAACAGGCCUCCUGAUGAAGCUUCUCAGCAAGCAGCAAGAAGUAAAUGUGUCCAAAGCGGAAUGGGAUAUGGACCAGUGGAAAGCUGACAACUCUAUCAGUGAGAGCACAGAAGCCCAGAGUGAGCAGAAAGAGCAGGAGUCAAGUGAGCUCACAAAAGAAGUUCCAGGUUAUGACUAUAACAACAAACUCAUCUUGGCAGUAUCUGUACCUGUAGUAGUGACGAUUUGUGUUAGAAUUCUCUGUCUCAUUGAGAUUUCUUCUCCUAGAAUUUCAAAAGAGGAAGAUAGAAAAAGAAGCAGAAGGAGGGCUUUUUCGGGAGAAGGCGGCCACUUUGGCUUAGGGGUAUGUAUAGGCCUCUCAGCGCCACACGCAAGGAACACAUGACCCAAAAGCUACACGACAGGGAGUCUUCUGCUGAGGAUGAGAUAUUUCUGCAUCCCAGCAGAGGCCCAGGCUCAGCAUGCAGAGCCCACUGUGGAGGUAGAACCACCUCCACUUCCGCAGGAGGCUCCAUCUCAGCCUUCAGAGGCCCCUGAGGAACUAGAAACUUCAAGUCCUCAGGAGGCCCUCGCCCGGCCUUUGGAGACACUUAAGGAGGUCACUAAAGAGGUUGAACCUUCUCCAGUCCAGCAGAAGACCCCACCUCAGCCUCCAGAGCUCCUUAAGGAAGUUGUAGCUCAGUCUCCAUUGUAUCCCGAGGUGACAGUUCCAGCACAGAGCAGGAUCAUGCUGAGCAUCCAACAUCCCCCAGGAUCAAGAGCAGUGGUUCUCAACCAGGGUGAGUUUGCACACAGAAAUCUUGGUUGCAAUUUACUCACAGAACUGAGCUUUGGAACGUUUCAGGCCUGGCAUGGAAUGCAGUUUUUACACAAGUUAAUUCUCAAUCGUAAUCCUUUGCCAACAGUUGAAGAUUCUUGUCUUUUUAAAGUGCCAGCAUUAAACUCUUUAGACAUGGGAACAGCACAAGUGUCACUUACCGCAAUGGAAAGCAUCCUCAUGAUGACCCUUGAAUUGGAAACACUGAUCUUACCCAGCCGUAGGGCCUGCUGCCUCUGCCAAUUUAAAAAUACUAUUGAGGUUGUCUGUGAGACAGUCAAGCUGCGUUGUGACAGUGAACGCCUGAGGGACGUCACACGUUGUGAUGAAGAAACAUCUAUAGAGAAUGCAGGAGGAUCGUUGAUGAAGGUGUUACAAGCCCAGAAGGAGAACAACAGCACCGAGCUGACUAUUGAGUCAGAGAGGACGUCCUCACCUAACAGUGCUGUCAGCUUGUCAGGCUUCAUGAAUGAGCAGCUGGACUUUAAUAAUAAAAGUGAUAUUAUCAGUACACUAAAUUACAUACUGCCUUAUAUCUCAGAGGGAAAUCUAGGAGAUGUGGAAUCAACAUUAUUACCAUUCAUUCAACUUCUUUUUUCAAAUACACAAGAUGGACAUAUGCCGCUGGGCCUUUUGAAAAACAAUACAAGGAGCCCUUCUGUUAAACCUGUACCCAACAAUUCAACUAAAAAAAACAAAUUGAGGGAACUCCAUUCUGUGGAAAAUUUGUUAGAUGCAGAAACUCAAGAAAAAAUUGAUGAGGUUAAAAAGGAAGAAAAACCUGCCACGUGUACGCGUUGCAACCUUUUAAGUGCCAUGUUUACACGCUACAUCUUUCAAAAGAAAUUAGAAACUGCCCAACCACAGACAGACAGCCUAGCAAAGAUUGAGAGUACAGAGGAAAAGCUGUUCAGAAAGAAAAGUUCACUUGAUAGAGUGAUGCUUGCAAGCCCUCCGUUCUCUGUCGUGAGGAGUCUCAUAAAUUCCCCUCCACGAGAGGCUGUUUCAUCUUCAGGAGAAGUGACUUCUCAGGAAAAUCCUUUUCCAGAAUUAUUUUCUCUUUCAGACCCUUCUGCAGAAAACACUACUUCAGAAAACAAUACUGCACAAAAUGUUUCUGAAGGAAUUAUUUCUACAGGAAACGCUACUCUGCCAGGAGGAACCGGCCCUGGAAACACUAGCCAUAGGAACGUCUCCACUGCACAUUCUACUGUCGCUGCAGACAACAGUAUGCCAGCUGUUCAACACAGCAACAAAACACAAUGGGAGCACCACAACAUGGUCACUGAAUUAUCCUCUAAGCCCACAGGCUUCACUUUCCCAGGGCUCGCAUCCCCGGGUGAUCAAGUUGAAACUCAGCUAAACCAGCAGCUCUGGUCCCUCAUCCCCAACAAUGACGUGCAAAGGCUCAUUUCUCAUGUUAUCCAGACUUUGAAAAUAGACUGCUCGGACACCCACGUGCAGCUGGCCUGUGCCAACCUCAUCUCUAGAACAGGCCUCCUGAUGAAGCUUCUCAGCAAGCAGCAAGAAGUAAAUGUGUCCAAAGCGGAAUGGGAUAUGGACCAGUGGAAAGCUGACAACUCUAUCACUGAGAGCACAGAAGCCCAGAGUGAGCAGAAAGAGCAGGAGUCAAGUGAGCUCACAAAAGAAGUUCCAGGUUAUGACUAUAGCAACAAACUCAUCUUGGCAGUAUCUGUACCUGUAGUAGUGACGAUUUGUGUUAGAAUUCUCUGUCUCACUGAGGUAAGGACAAUAAUUAAUUCAGAUUCAGAACCCAGAAACUGA